AUGAGAGAGAUUAUCAGCUUGAACGUCGGCCAGGCCGGUUGCCAGAUUGCCAACUCCUGCUGGGAGCUGUACUGUCUGGAGCAUGGUAUUCAGCCCGAUGGACACCUCACCGAUGAGCGCAAGAAGGCCGAUCCCGACCACGGCUUCAGCACCUUCUUCUCCGAGACCGGUGCCGGCCGUUACGUUCCUCGCACCAUCUACUGCGAUCUCGAGCCCAAUGUUGUCGAUGAGGUCCGCACCGGUACCUACCGUUCCCUUUUCCACCCCGAGCAGAUGAUCACUGGCAAGGAGGACGCCUCCAACAACUACGCCCGUGGUCACUACACCGUCGGUAAGGAGAUGAUCGACCAGGUCCUCGACAAGGUUCGCCGCAUGGCCGAUUCCUGCGCUGGUCUCCAGGGAUUCCUGGUCUUCCACUCCUUCGGCGGUGGUACCGGUUCCGGUUUCGGUGCUCUGCUCAUGGAGCGCCUCUCCGUCGACUACGGCAAGAAGUCCAAGCUGGAGUUCUGUGUCUACCCUGCCCCUCAGAACGCCACCUCCGUCGUUGAGCCCUACAAUUCUAUCCUUACCACUCACACUACCCUGGAGCACUCCGACUGCUCCUUCAUGGUCGACAACGAGGCUAUCUACGACAUCUGCCGUCGUAACCUCGGCAUUGAGCGCCCCGGUUACGAGAACCUGAACCGCCUGAUCGCUCAGGUCGUCUCUUCCAUCACCGCCUCGCUCCGUUUCGACGGUUCUCUGAACGUCGACCUGAACGAGUUCCAGACCAACCUGGUCCCGUACCCGCGUAUUCACUUCCCCCUGGUUGCCUACUCCCCCGUCAUCUCUGCCGCCAAGGCCGACCACGAGGCCAACAGCGUCACUGAGAUCACCUCCAACUGCUUCGAGCCCAACAACCAGAUGGUCAAGUGUGACCCCCGCAACGGCAAGUACAUGGCCACCUGUCUGCUCUACCGUGGUGACGUCGUCCCCAAGGACGCUCACGCCGCCGUGGCCACCCUCAAGACCAAGCGUACCAUCCAGUUCGUCGAUUGGUGCCCUACUGGCUUCAAGCUCGGUAUCUGCUACCAGCCCCCUGCUCAGGUCCCCAACGGCGACCUUGCCAACCUCAGCCGUGCCGUCUGCAUGCUGUCCAACACCACCGCCAUCGCCGAGGCCUGGUCUGCUCUCGACCACAAGUUCGAUCUCAUGUACUCCAAGCGUGCCUUCGUUCACUGGUAUGUUGGUGAGGGUAUGGAGGAGGGUGAGUUCUCUGAGGCUCGUGAGGAUCUCGCUGCUCUGGAGCGCGAUUACGAGGAGGUUGCCAGCGACUCGCUGGAGGAGGAGGACUUGGAGCCCGAGUACUAA